UCAGAGGAGUGACCAAAUUUCGGAAUAGUACCGUUACCAACUCUACAUUCAUCACCCGAGUCCCCGACUUAUAAAGUUCCAAUAAUGUUCCUUCAAGCUUCCUGACACGUGUGCGAUCCAAAGGGAAACGCAUUGUUUAUCCCCUUUACCACGACUCAAUGAACUUUUAGCAUCUGUUGACUAAAUCCAUGGUAACGAAGGGAGACUGAAUCAUUGUCUUCAGAGAAUCAUAAUCAUAAUGCGGUUCCCUGCCUUGGUGUCUCUUCCACUGGAAACCUUGAUUUUCGCCCUUACCUUGUUCCCCUGGUCCGUGGCGAGCUUUGGAUUGGGAUUCCCGGAUCACCAAGCUCUUUAUGGUCCGGAAGAUGUGGCGAUUACCCGCUUGAACUUUUCGGAUUUCGCCUCCGUGAUCCAUAAUGUCCAUGACAAUCGAGCCUGGAUGGUGGAGUUCUACUCUUCUUGGUGUGGUCAUUGUAUCCACUUUGCGCCCACCUACAAAACUUUUGCAGACGAAGUGUUUGGUUGGCGACAUGUGGUUGGGAUUGCAGCCAUCGAUUGCGCGGAUGACAAGAACAUGCCUACUUGUCGUGAAUAUGAUAUUAUGGGAUAUCCCUCGAUGAAGUUCUUUCCCCCUCAAGCUCCAAGUAGUGAGUUAGGCCAAGAGCGGACCGGCGACAAGACUGUGGAAAGUCUCAAGACAUCGGUGAUGGAAUACGUCAAAAAAGUCCAAGCCAAUGCCACCUAUGACCGGGCUACCGCCCGAUGGCCGGAUUUUAGACCUUUUAAUUCGAGCGACUUGAAGGAUUUAUGGCGAUCUGGCGUGGAAGCACCGUUGGCUUUGAUCGUGGUCGGUUCCAAAGAUGAUCCACUCGUUACUAACGUGUUGUUGGAUUUCUCAGAGAUUUCAUCCCAACUGACUCAGCCCAUCAUUGUGAAGCGUAUGACGUAUGAAGAGUCCCCCAAGUCCGUUUUAGAACAAUUGGGAGUAAAUAUCAAGACGGAUUAUCCGCGUAUUUUGACAGUCCACAAGGAAGAUCUGGUAGUAAGCGACCUCACACCCAUCCCGCGGGAUUUGGCGAGCAUGGUCAAAGUUCUGAAAGAGAUCGUGUUGAGUCAAAUGAAGACCUUGGUGCCCGAUGAUUUGGAGGGCAAGUUCUUCCUCACCAGAGAAGAGACCAAGAAAGCCGUGUUACGAGCAUUCAAGGAAGCCCAAGCGGAGCGGAAGAACAAGGGCCGCCAAAAGCCCGUGGUUCAUACUGAGUCCGAAAUCCGGCGACGGCGUUACACUGUUUUUAUGUCGGAUCUAGAGAACGCCAUCUUGUACUCCUUCAAUCAUGAAGUGGCCCAACACGCUUCAAUCACGGGCGAGGCCCUCAAUGCUCUUCAAGAUUAUGUGGAUGUUCUAGUUCGAUUCUUUCCGGGACGUCAGAGAACCAUGAAGUUUUUACAAGCCAUGCGAACUUGGAUCAUGAGCCAUGACGACGCUGUUAAAGGAAGUGAUAUGAGUAUUCAAGUGGAGAAGCUCAAGGUGCAAUUCUCGAGUUUCGAUGAUCUAGCCCCACUGGUUUGGAUCGGAUGUAAAGGAUCGGAAGCCAGAUUCGGGGGUUAUCCUUGCGGUCUUUGGAGUCUCUGGCACACCCUGACCGUAAAUCAAGCCCUUGCCGAUUCGGCCAAAGGUCAAGUGGACGAGCCCACUGUGGUCCUCAACGCCAUGACGGGAUAUGUGGAGCACUUCUUCGGCUGUCAGGAGUGUGCCAGACACUUUUUACAGGAGGCUGAUAAUGGCUUGGCCUUCGAAAAAGCCGUCAAGGGCCCCAAUGAUGCCGUACUGUGGCUUUGGAAGACUCAUAACCGCGUCAAUCAGCGCCUCAGUGGUGACAUUACCGAUGAUAGUGCCUUUCCCAAAGAGAAAUUUCCGAACAAGGAACAUUGCUCCGAUUGCUAUGAUAGCCAAGUGGCGGGUUAUGACCUCUGGUCCGAAUUUCAAUUGCCUCAGGUAGUUAAUUUCCUCAAGGAUAUGUACGGACCCAGUGGUUUGAGUCUGCAGAGUUUAAAGAACCUCGACAGUUUGGAUAAGAAAUACGUUCUGAAUGCGCAACAUCACGAGUUAGCCAUAUUCGGCCAAGGGUACAAUCGAGGCAAAGACGAAUCCGUGGACAAGGCCAACUUUAGCCAAGUGAGCAACAACGGGGAAAUGAGGUUCUUCAGCUCCAUUGAUAUCAGCCUGUGCUUGGUGAUCUACCUCAUGUCUGCCACGAUCUUGUACCUGGUCUACGUCAAGUUUGUGAAGAAACGUGGCAUCAGCUCUCAUUUGUCGUCGUUAUGCCCGAGGAGUCGAUCUCCCACUUCCAAUCCAUUAAUUGGCAAAGUUUGAAAAGGAACAUUCCUUUUCUUGAUGUAGAAAACCGUGUCCCAAAUGCUCCGGCUGUGAUAAUCCUUUGCUUUACCAUGCCUGACAUCCAUUCAGCCUGUGUAAUACAUAUUCUAUUCCCGUCCGUA